UAGCUAAAACUAAAAUUUCCUAUGUUUUGCAUAAAUAUGGUUUUAAUAAAAUUAAAUAUUCAUUUAUUAGACAAAUAAGAUAAUUUAGGGAUUUCGCAUACCAAAUUGCUGAAAAGAUAAAUCUCAACCGAUAACCCCUCUCUCUCUCUCUCUUAACACAGUGAGGAGUGAGAAGCCAUAGCCGAGAAGGUGGAGCGGAGAGAUGUUUCUGACGCAGAAAUUUCCCAGAAUCCAUUCCCAUUUCUUCGCAUCGCCUAAACCCCACAAAUUCUUCCUAAUCACUUCCGCGCUCUUAUCCAAUUCAAAAUCCCCAAUUCCGCUACCCCCGCCGCCGCCCCUCUCUCACUUCUCCACCCUCACCCCCACCCCCACCCCCGCGCCGCCGCCUCCUCAGGAGCAAGAGAGCUUGCAGCUCUCGCUGGAAUCCCUCUUCCUCCCGCCGGAGACAGACGUCUCGUCGCUGAAGGAGGCGCCCCUGAGCGCGAGGAUAUUGAAGGGCUCCAACAUCGUGCUCAGCAAGUUCGCCGGCCACGGCGUCGACGUCUUGAACGCGGAGUUCGUGAAGAGCAGCGUCACGACGGAGGACUGCCCCGCCGACGGAAAGCCGGAGUUCGCCCUCGUCGGCCGCUCCAACGUCGGGAAAUCGUCGCUCCUCAACUCGCUUGUCCGGCGAAAGCGCCUCGCCCUCACUUCCAAGAAGCCCGGGAAAACACAAUGCAUCAACCAUUUUCGGAUCAAUGAUAGCUGGUACCUCGUGGAUUUGCCAGGCUACGGAUUCGCUGCAGCGCCUCAUGAGGUUCGAACAGACUGGGCCAAGUUCACCAAAGACUACUUCCUCAACCGCCCGACCCUCGUCUCUGUGUUCCUUCUGAUCGAUGCCAGCAUUCCGGCGAAGAAGAUUGAUCUCGAGUAUGCAAGUUGGUUGGGACAAAAUGAGAUUCCUAUGACUUUGGUAUUCACCAAGUGUGACAAACGCAAGAAGAAAAAGAAUGGAGGGAAACGCGCGGAAGAAAACGUGCACGUUUUUCAGGAAUUAAUACGCGAUUUCUUCAAGUCCACGCCGCCUUGGAUUAUGACGAGCAGUGUAACGAAUCAAGGCCGAGAUGAGAUAUUGCUUCACAUGUCUCAGCUCAGAAACUAUUGGCUCAAGCAUUAAUUUUUUUUUCUUUUUUUUUAAUUUCCUUUAACAUCUUGCUCUAAUAUAUUCAAGAAUUACGAAUUCAUUCGAGUCUUAUCGAACUUAAAUGAGAUUGUUGGAUACAUGUUAUAAAUUCAAUUGUUUAUAAUUGUAUAAAAAAUACUCUUACAAUA